AGGCGAGACAAAAGUAACCCACGAUUAUUCAUCACAAUCACGAAACUCUCCCAACAACAUACUUAUAAUAUUCUUCAUAUUUCUUUUUAAUCUUGAUUCCAGUUUCGUAUUACCAAUUCGUAGAUAACACACAUCACAAUGCAUUCCGAUCACAACAACAUCGAUGACAACGGUUACGAACCUAACCGUAUGAGCGAUGAGGGUUCACCCAUGUUGAUGUCACCAUGGAACCAAUCAUCUCCAGGGUCUACUACUAGUCCUGAGGAUGGUCUCAUCGGCUCCAUGGUUCGGGAGGAAGGCCACGUUUACUCGCUUGCGGCCACCCGAGGCCUCCUCUACACCGGAUCCGACAGCAAGAACAUACAUGUGUGGAAGAACAUGAAGUUGUUCACUACUUUUAAGUCAAACAGUGGUUUGGUGAAGGCGGUUAUAAUAUCCGGUGACAAGAUUUUCACUGGACAUCAAGACGGGAAGGUUCGAGUUUGGAAAUCGAACUCCAAGGAUUCAAGAGUUUAUAAACGAAUCGGGACUUUUCCGACGUUGUUUGACAUACUCAAGAGCUCGAUGAAGUCGAAGAAUUACGUUGAGGUGAAGCGCCACCAUACGACGCUAUGGAUCAAGCAUUGUGACGCCGUUUCCUGCCUCGCUAUCGACGAAGAAGAAGGUCUACUUUACACAGGAUCAUGGGAUAAGACAUUUAAGGUGUGGAAAAUAUCAAACUCAAAAUGCCUAGAGUCAGUGAAGGCGCACGACGACGCCGUCAACUCUAUCGUAUCCUCUUUGGACGGUCUGGUAAUCACCGGAUCUGCGGAGGGGUCCGUGAAGGUGUGGAAGCGAGAAGGGCGAGGAAAGAACAUGAAGCAUAGGUACAUGCAAACACUACUAGAUCAAGAAUGUGUGGUGACCGCAUUAGUGGUGUCGAAAAGUGGUUCGAUUGUGUAUUGUGGGUCCUCGGACGGGAUUGUGAACUUUUGGGAGGAGUUGUCGCAUGGCGGCGUCAUAAAGGGGCAUAAGUUGGCGGUUUUGUGCGUUGCAGUUGGUGGGAACUUGGUUUUUAGUGGGUCCGCCGAUAAAACCAUAUGUGUGUGGAGGAGGGUGGGGUCCAUCCACACGUGCUUGUCGGUCCUGACCGGACAUGUGGGGCCGGUGAAGUGUGUGGCAGUUGAGAAGGAUGCGGAGUCUAGUGACAAAUGGGUGGUUUAUAGUGGUAGUUUGGAUAAAUCGGUGAAGGUGUGGAGAGUGUCGGAGUAGGUGGGGAUAUGUAGCAAACUGCGAUGGUGCAAUGCCAGAAAGUUUCAUGGUUUUAGUGGACCGUUGAGAUUGGUUUUUAUGAGUGGGUUCUGAAUUCUGAUUGUAGAUUUAUAUCUAUGGGUAGUGUCGAAAUUUUAAAUGAUUUUUGAUCUC